AUGCCUUUAUCCUUCAAUCCCAAUAGACUUAAAGUUCAAUUAAAGUUAACUAUCAAUCGUCUUAAAUUGAUGCAACAAAAGAAAGAUUCUAUUAAUAAACAAGUUCGUAAAGAGAUAGCCGCGUUACUUGAGAAAGAUAAAGAAGAAAGUGUUAUUAGAGAGGAUUAUUAUAUUGAAGCACUGGAGAUGUUGGAACUUUAUUGUGAACUUUUAAUAGCCCGUUUUGGUCUUCUGGAACAAAUGAACGAAGCAGUGAAUACAAUAAUUUAUGCAGCACCCAGAUCCGAAAUUAAAGAAUUUGGAUUGGUGCGUGAUCAAUUAAUAGCGAAAUUUGGGAAGGAAUUUGCUAUGAAUGCGAUUGACAAUAGAAACAAUUGUGUAAAUGAGAAGCUUGUACAAAAACUUAUGUUCAGUUCGGCAGAUCCGAUUUUAGUAAAUCGAUAUCUUGAAGAGAUCGCGAAAACUUAUAAUGUUAAUUGGAAAGUAGACAUGGAUGAAUUAAACGAAUUAUUAUCG